GCUAACCGGAGCUUCGUCUCUUCGUCUCGUCGUAGAUCGUCCGCUCCAACAUAUCAACAAGAAAGGGCGCCCGGUUUCGCAAUGUCAACACUGCCGUUCUAUGCGCAAGUCCCGUGCUGCGCACAUCAAAUGCGACUGCGGGGAGAAGACCAGCAAGUGCGCCCAUUUGCAACCCACUAUCGAGGGCCAUCGAGAAACCUGUUGUUGCAACCAUGGCGGUCGAUGCACUUGCGGUCACACGAUAAAGGAACCGGGACUCGACCCGGUCCCGGAAGUAGACUCGACCAAAAACGUCAAGGAGACUGCGAACCAGCGGCCGAGACCUCCAGUUCGACGUCGUCGGGCAAACACGGUGCACUCCGAUGGCCCCCUCACUUUUGAUCAGCACGGCAACCACAAACCCAUCCACAAGCCUAACAAGAUCGCGUCCAAGUCCAGUCCCUAUCAGCUCGGCCGUGUCAACUCGAUGCACGGCUCCGGCACUUUCGGAUCCCGCUCCCCCGACGGCUUUUUCGACGGCUCUGUCCGGGACACAACCCCAGGCGGAGCCAGCGUCAUGCCGUCUUCCCACCGGCAGCGUCGCGUCAAGUCGGAAGCGACGUCGCCCCUCCUGGCGGGCGCAUCUGGUCUUCAACAGCUCAGCGCCCAGCUCCCGCCUCUAGACCUGUCGGGAAUCAAGUACCCCAGCUACAUGCCCAACGCCAGCUUCGACCUGUUCGGCGGCGCGGGGUACUCGGAGCAAGACGCGCCCAUUUUCAGCGCUGGCCUCAGCGCGGCCUCGGUGGACUGGAGCCACAUCGAGCUCCCGGACAGGGGCACCGAAAGCUUCGCGCCGUCCAGCUACGGCCAGCCGUGCGGCCAAAGCCUCAACGGCGUGUUCGACUGGGGCACCGGCUCCGAGCAGGCCCCCACGCUCGCCGCCACGGCGUCGACUUCGUGCGAGGCCUCGGAAGUGGAAGACAACUUUUUGACGGGCGACGUCGACCUGGACGCCUUCAACACGGGCGAUGCGGCCGCCUACAUGCGCUCGAACCAGCUCUUCUCUGGCCCCGACCUAGGGGCGAUCGAUUACGAUGCCUUCCUGAAACAUUCGUCCAGCAAGUUCGAUCUUCCCCCUCCUGCUGCGUCCUCGCUCGAUGACGCCGGGGCCACUAGUGGCGCGUCGUCCUUCAACUUUGAAGACGACCCCGUCUUUUGGGGCCAGCAGUUCAACGAUGGCAUUACCACUUACGACUCCGCCGAUGGUGUGCCCUUGAACACUGAUCUUUGGAAUACCCAAUAGUGUUUUGCAGUGCGCUCAAUUUUUUUUUUUUCCUUUUUUCUUUCGCCUUGUCCUGGGU